GAGAUAUAUUUCUUGUGAUGAUUUAAUAGUUUCUAGUUAUCAUCCUGACGAGCCAAAAUGGGCAUUCAUUAGAUAUAUAUAUGGCAUACUUUCAAAAGACCCAAAAGCACCUUACUAUGAAAAUAUACGAUUUAGCUAUAUAUUAUCAGAAAAAAUCUUUAGUGUAAAAGCAUUUUUAUCUGAACGAAGUACAGCAAUUAUUUUGAGAAUUUGUGUCUCACUUCAGAACAUAUACAGAAUCGAAUUGGCUAAUUUUUUGGAAAUGGUACUCUUUAAUUCUGGUAGCUCAUAUGAAGAUGUCUCUAAAAUUAUUCGUAGAUAUACAGAUGAUGUAAAAAAUGCAUCAAUGGUUAUUAACAGCUACUUACGCAAAGGCGAAUUUAUUGUAUUUGAUCUAGAUAGGCCUGAGGAUAAUCUACUUGCAAUUCAGCUAAGGUUUGAUACUCCACUAGAUUU